AUGUCAAAGAAAAACUAUUCAGCAGUGACUGAGUUUAUUCUCCUGGGACUGACUGAUCGAGCAGAGUUGCAGCCUGUCCUUUUUGUGAUUUUUCUAGUCAUCUACCUUAUCACAGUAAUUGGCAAUGUGAGCAUGGUUUUGUUAAUCAGAAGUGACCCAAAACUUCACACUCCAUUGUACUUCUUCCUUGGUCACCUCUCCUUUCUAGAUCUCUGUUACGUGAGCAAUGUCACUCCUCAGAUGCUGGUUAAUUUCUUAUCCAAGAGAAAAACCAUUUCUUUCAUUGGUUGUUGUAUACAAUUCCACUUUUUUAUUGCCCUGGAGAUCACAGAAUAUUAUAUGCUCACAGUGAUGGCUUAUGACAUGGCCAUCUGCAAACCCUUGUUGUAUGGUAGCAAAAUGUCCAGAUCUGUUUGCCACUCUCUCGUUGCUACUCCUUAUAUUUAUGGCUUUGCAAAUGGUCUGGCACAGACCAUCCUGGUGCUUCGUCUCUCCUUCUGUGGACCCAAUGAAAUCAACCACUUUUACUGUGCGGACCCUCCUCUCUUAGUUCUUGCCUGUUCAGAUACUUAUGUCAAAGAAACUGCAAUGUUUGUGGUAGCUGGUUUCAACCUGACUUGUUCUCUCACCAUCAUCCUCAUCUCUUACAUUUUCAUUUUCAUGGCGAUUCUUUGUAUCCACUCUGCUGAGGGGAGGCACAAGGCUUUCUCCACCUGUGGGUCCCAUCUGACAGCUGUCACCAUCUUUUACGGGACACUGUUCUGCAUGCAUCUGAGGCCCCCUUCUAAGGCCUCUGUAGAACAAGGGAAAAUUGUAGCUAUUUUUUAUAUCUUUGUGAGUCCUUUGCUAAACCCUUUGAUCUAUAGUCUUCGGAACAAAGAUGUUAAAAGAGCAAUGAGGAAAGUGAUCCGAAAGAAAUUCUUUACUAAAUAA